UUUAUUACUAUUUCGGAUUUACCAUGUGUUUUCAUUUUGAAUUAUUUGUAAAUAAUUAAUUCAUUUUAUUAAUUCAACGCAAAAAUUUGAUUAUUAAAAACAUGCCUCAGGCACAUCGUCCUGGCCAUUUGAAGCAGAGCAAUAAAACUCAUAAGUCCCGCCAUCGUUCGAAACGGGGUAUAGCGGCCGCUGUUAAAGGUAAAGUAAAUGUGAAAGAAAUAGUUCGACGCAAUCGUCAUAUUCUAAAAAAAGAUGAGCGUCGUCAUCAAGCAAAUCAAAUUCGCAAAAACAAACGUGAAGAGGUUUUGGCUAAGAAACGUGCGCUUGGUGGUUCUCGGUACCCACCAUUCUUGGUGUGUGUAGUACCACUAAAUGCUCAGUUAGAUGUCCAGUCCGCCUUGGUCAUAUUGAAAACAUGUUCUGAAGGGGUUGUAGUUUCACAGUCUGAAAAUGGAAUUGUGCAUAUUGGCUUACCAAAUUUCAAGCAACACUUCUCAUUUAUUUGCCCGGAAGUAGGUAAUGAUUUUGCUCUCUUGGAUUCUCUUAAAAUUGCUGACACAGCAUUGUUUGUUAGCUCAGCAUUAGAUGAACCUGUUGAUGAAUGGGGGGAGAAGGUGCUAGCAUUAGCAAUGGCCCAGGGGAUGCCCACUCCUGUAGUAGCUGCCAUGGAUAUAGAAGGGGUGAACCCUAAAAAACGCACCUCUGAAAAACAAAAUGUUCAAAAGCUUAUUUCAAAAUGGUUACCAGAAGAGAAAGUUAUGCAAUUAGAUAAAAGUUCUGAUGGACUAAAUUUAUUACGUAGAAUUGGCAAUCAGAAACGCAAUAUAAUUCAUCACAGGGAAAAGAGACCAUACUUAUUAGCAGAAGAAGUUCAAUAUGUGCCUGAUGCAGAAGGAGAAAGUGGCACUUUAAAAGUUAGUGGCUAUUUACGUGGGAUGCCAUUAAAUGUAAAUGGCUUAGUGCAUAUAAGUGGGUUAGGAGACUUUCAGAUGGUGAGAAUUGAUGGACAUGAGGACCCACAUAGUCUAAGUGUAGGAAAGGAGAAAACAAAAUCUGAUUCAAUGGAAGCUGAAGUUGCUACAGUGUCAGUGUUACAAAUAGCUGAUCCUGUUAAGCAAGAGAGUUUAGCAUCUGAAAACAUACCAGAUCCAAUGGAUGCAGAACAGACAUGGCCAACAGAGGAAGAGAUUGCACAAGCUAAUCUAGAGACAAAAACAAAGAAGGUUAAAAAAGUUCCAAAAGGAUGGUCUGAUUACCAAGCUGCUUGGAUAGUAGAAUCGGAUGUAGAAGGCGAAGGUUCAGAUGCAAGUGACAGUGCAAGUGAUAGUGCAGAUGACAAUGAAGAUUUUAUGUCAUGUGAAGAAGAUAACUCAGAUGUAGAGGAUGGUGACAAUAACGACUUUGAAUCUGUUACUGAGUCUGAAGUUGGUGUUAGUGAUGAAAAGUAUGAUACCACAAUUGAUGCUCAUGAGGAACAUGAAAUGCUACAGAAGUUGGCGGCUGCUAAGGAGGAUAAGCAAUUUCCUGAUGAGGUUGAUACUCCUCAGGAUGUACCGGCUAGGGAACGAUUUAUGAGGUACAGGGGCCUGGAGUCUUUUAGGACCUCAACAUGGGAUCCUAAGGAAAAUCUGCCGGCAGAUUAUGCUCGUAUUUUCCAGUUCGAAAAUUACGAUCGCACGAGGCGAAGGAUUUUUAAGGAGAAUGAAGAUAGUUUAAUUAAUAUGUAUGGAUUUUAUAUAACCAUUCAUGUAAAAAAUGUUCGGCAAGAUCUCUGGAAGGCUUACCAUGCAGCGAACCAAAAUGCUCCACUUGCUGUGUUUGGUCUGUUGCCUCACGAGCAUAAGAUGUCACUUAUGAAUGUGGUACUGAAGCGGACUGGUGCCAGCGAUGAGCCCAUUAAAAGUAAGGAGAGGCUAAUAUUCCAAGUGGGAUACAGGAGGUUCAUUGUAAAUCCUAUAUUUAGUCAGCACACUAAUGGUAGUAAACAUAAGUAUGAAAGAUUUUUCCAGCCAGCAUCUACAUGUGUUGCCACAUUCUUUGCUCCAAUUCAAUUUAGUCCAUCAACUGUAUUAUGCUUUAAGGAGAAAAAGAACACAAAAUUGCAAUUGAUUGCUUCUGGUGUGUUGCUAUCAUGCAAUCCUGACAGGUUGAUUAUCAAAAGAAUUGUACUCUCUGGACAUCCAUUCAAGGUUCACAAAAGGUCUGCUGUCAUACGAUUUAUGUUUUUCAACCGUGAAGAUGUGUUGUACUUUAAACCGUGCAAGCUUAAGACAAAAUAUGGACGGACUGGUCACAUCAAGGAAUCAUUAGGUACCCACGGGCACAUGAAGUGCGUAUUCGAUGAUCAGCUGAAGUCACAAGACACAGUGCUACUGAAUCUUUACAAACGGAUGUUCCCUAAAUGGACGUACGAGAACUGCAUCGUCACCGACAGAGAUAGCAAUAGCGAUGUCAUGGAGUCAUAGAUUAAAAAUAAAAGUUUUUAUUA